CAUUUUGCACCUGUGCAGAGAGCACAACUCCAUCUCCUAAACAAGCCUAGCACGUUGACCCCGUCCUCUAAUCACAUCGCAACGCGCCAAGGAUUACGUGCAGAUGCUCAUUAAUCUACCGCUAAUCGCCUUCAUCCCUCUCCCCUGUCGCCGUCGCCGUCCGCCCAUAUAAGCCGAGCGCCCCCUCCCCACGGCCCCGUCGUUCGUUGCCAGAGAGCCCGAGUCCCUCCCACUCCCAGCGCGAGCGGCGCCCGCGGCGAGUCGGCGACUCCACCGCCAAUCGCGCGCAGCGACUGGACCGAGCUGGUUUCUGCGGCCGCUGCCGGUUGCAGGGGAUGGGCAACUGCCAGGCGGCGGAGGCGGCAGCCGUGGUGAUCCAGCACCCCGGCGGCAAGGUGGAGCGGCUGCACGGGCCGGCCACGGCGGGCGAGGUGAUGCGCGGCAACCCCGGGCACUACGUCGCGCUCGUCGUCCUCCGCGUCUCCAAGACCGAUCCCCGCGGCGGCGGGGGAGGAGGAGCCAGGGUCACCAAGGUGAAGCUCCUCAAGCCCGAGGACGCGCUGCUGCUGGGCCAGGUCUACCGCCUCGUCACCUCACAAGAGGUGGCGAAGGCGAUCCAGGCCCGGCGGCAGGACAAGGCGCGGCGGUGCGGGGAGGCGGCGGCGGCGCCCGACGACCGGCGCCCGUCGCCGCAGCCGGGGCCCGCCGCCGCCGCCGACCAGGUGAGCGCUCGCACGCGGCUCGCUCGUCCCCUGUCCGGCGCUCGCGAACGGAAGCGGGCAGAGAAGGCGGACCGGCAGCACCGCGGCGGCGGCGGCGGGGCGAGGGGGCGGCACUGGCGGCCGUCGCUGCAGAGCAUCUCCGAGUCGGCGAGCGGCGAGCUGACGCGACGCGCGCCGAGCCCGGCUGCUCCCCGGCCGCGGCGAGCGGCGAGCGGCACCGGAGUAGCAGCAGUGUAGAAAGAGUUUCGAAUUGUAGAUGCAGUGUACAUUGGGCGACGGCAGCAGGAGCAUGCUUGCUUGUCUCGAGAUCACAGCACAAUGCUCUCUCUCGUCUUCGUCUCCCUCUCGCAUGGAGGGAGGCCUCAGCCCAGCCCGGUGCCGCGGCAGCAGGCGGCGUGCGAUCGCCGAGUUGCCCGUGCUCCCUGCUGAUGGUGUCGCCGAUCGCUCAGGUGCGUGCUGCGCACCAUCAUGACGAGCGAGCAGAGCGAUGAUGGGUGCGCCAAAAGGCCACGCCAUCGCCAAUUCGCCACGG